GCCAGCAUGGGCUGCGCCCCGAGCAUCCACGUCUCCGAGGACCGGCCGGUGUACCAGGGCGGCAAAGAGGCCGGGGACGCGCCGGGCCCCGCGGCGGCGCCCCCGUCGUCCGGCGAGCCGCGCCUCCCCCAGGGCCCCAAGACGGCCGUCCAGCCGGGGACCCGCGGCACCCCCAGCCUCGUGGAGUCCGAGCCUCGCGACGGCAGCAGCAAGAAGGUAGCAAUAGCUGAUGUGCAGUUUGGUCCCAUGAGAUUUCAUCAAGAUCAGCUUCAGGUACUUUUAGUGUUUACCAAAGAAGAUAGCCAGUGUAAUGGAUUCUGCAGGGCGUGUGAAAAAGCAGGGUUUAAAUGUACGGUCACUAAGGAGGCCCAGGCCGUCCUGGCCUGUUUCCUGGACAAGCAUCAUGAUAUCAUCAUCAUAGACCACAGGAACCCGCGGCAGCUGGAUGCAGAGGCACUGUGCAGAUCUAUCAGAUCAUCAAAACUCUCAGAAAACACGGUUAUUGUUGGCGUUGUACGCAGGGCGGAUAAGGAGGAGCUGUCUGUCAUGCCCUUGAUCGCCGCUGGCUUCACCAGGAGGUACAUAGAGAACCCCAACAUCACGGCCUGUUACAACGAGCUACUGCAGCUGGAGUUUGGAGAGGUGCGGUCGCAGCUAAAACUCAGGGCUUGUAACUCAAUAUUCACUGCGUUAGAGAAAAGCCAAGAAGCCAUUGAAAUCACAAGUGAAGACCACAUUAUACAGUACGCAAAUCCUGCAUUUGAAACAACAAUGGGUUAUCAGUCGGGUGAAUUAAUAGGAAAGGAAUUAGCAGAAGUGCCUAUAAACGAAAAAAAGGCCGACUUGCUGGAUACUAUAAAUUCAUGCAUCAGGAUAGGCAAGGAAUGGCAAGGAAUUCACUAUGCCAAAAAGAAAAAUGGAGAUAAUAUACAACAAAAUGUGAAGAUAAUACCUGUUGUUGGACAGGGAGGAAAAAUUAGACACUAUGUGUCCAUUAUCAGAAUGUGCAACGGCAACAACAAGGCUGAGAAAAUACCUGAAGUUGUUCAGUCUGAAACUCCAGCAGAUAACCAGACGGGCAAGCACCGAGACAGGAGGAAAGGCUCCCUGGACGUCCGAGCUCUCGCUUCGCGGACAAACGAAGUGUCCAGCCAGCGACGCCACUCCUCCAUGGCCCGCAUCCAUUCCAUGACGAUUGAGGCGCCCAUCACCAAGGUGAUCAAUAUCAUCAAUGCGGCACAGGAAAGCAGCCCCGUGCCUGUGACAGAAGCCUUGGACCGUGUGUUGGAAAUCCUGAGAACCACUGAGCUAUAUUCUCCCCAGUUUGGCGUUAAGGAUGACGACCCCCAUGCCAAUGACCUCGUUGGGGGCUUAAUGUCUGAUGGUUUGCGGAGGCUGUCGGGGAAUGAAUACGUCCUUUCAUCCAAAAGCCUCUCCCAGGUUUCCAGCAGCGUGAUCGCUCCCACCACCCUGCACGACAUCCCGCCGCGGAUAGCUCGGGCCAUGGAAGAUGAGGAAACCUGGGACUUCAACAUUUUUGAACUGGAGGCUGCCACGCAGAACAGGCCUUUGAUUUACCUUGGUCUCAAAACUUUUGCUCGCUUUGGAAUCUGUGAAUUCUUAAACUGCUCAGAGUCAACACUGAGAUCAUGGCUACAGAUCAUUGAAGCCAAUUACCACUCUUCCAACCCCUACCACAACUCCACGCAUUCCGCCGACGUGCUGCAUGCCACCGCCUACUUCCUCUCCAAGGAGAGGGUCAAGAAAACUUUAGACCCGAUCGAUGAGGUAGCCGCCCUCAUUGCUGCCACAAUUCACGAUGUGGACCACCCUGGGAGGACCAACUCCUUCCUGUGCAACGCCGGGAGUGAGCUGGCCGUCCUGUACAACGACAUCGCUGUGCUGGAGAGCCACCACUCGGCCUUGGCCUUCCAGCUGACCAUGGGAGAUGACAAGUGCAACAUCUUUAAAAACAUGGAGAGGAAUGAUUACCGGACACUGCGUCAGGGCAUUGUGGACAUGGUGCUGGCCACAGAGAUGACGAAGCACUUCGAGCACGUCAACAAAUUUGUCAACAGCAUCAACAAGCCCUUGGCGGCCCUGGAAGAAGCUGGGGAGACUGAGAAAGACCACGAGGCUAUAAACGCUAUGCUCAGAACUCCAGAGAACCGAACCCUAAUCAAACGGAUGCUGAUCAAGUGUGCCGAUGUGUCCAACCCCUGCCGGCCGCUGGACUACUGCAUCGAGUGGGCCGCUCGCAUUUCAGAAGAGUACUUUGCUCAGACAGAUGAAGAGAAGCGGCUGGGCUUACCCGUGGUGAUGCCCGUGUUCGACCGGAACACUUGCAGCAUCCCCAAGUCCCAGAUCUCCUUCAUCGACUACUUCAUCACCGACAUGUUCGACGCCUGGGACGCCUUUGUCGACCUCCCGGGUCUCAUGCAGCACCUGGACAACAACUUCAAGUACUGGAAAGGACUGGACGAGAUGAAGCUGCUGAGUCUGCGGCCUCCCCCGGAGUGCGAGAAGGGGCACCCCGAGGACGAGCCCGGGGCCGGGACAGGCCUGGGCCCCUGACCCGCGGCCCUCCCUCGCUGGGAGUUCCCGAGGGCAGCCGACCCACCUCCUGCGCGGGGGUCACUAGCAGCAGAGCCCCCCGAGGAACCUCCAGCCGGCCGUGCAGCCGCUGCCCGGUGGGGCGCAGCUCCGGAGCCCCGGGCACUCGCAGGGCCCAGAGCACACGCUGGAACACUACUGAAAAGUGACUUCUCUGAGAGCCGAGUAGCAGGUGAAAAAUAAGAGGAAAUUGUCGAAGCUGAUUAUUACUCUCAAUUAUUAUCAAAAUGUUUUAUUUAUUUUAUUAGGAGUUGAAUAUUUUCUAUGAAUUUAAAAAUCCUUCAAUGCCAAAGCCCGCUCCUAAUGCCAUGACCAAAUCUGUGUGACUCGUAUCCAUUAAAUAUGCAUUAUUCUUGGUGUACACUUAUUUUCAUAAUGCAAACUUAAAACAUUAUGACACAUUUUUAUUGCACUACGGAAACGUGUGUACCUUCAGCUCCGUGGAUGUUCCGUGGGUCGCGGGGGAGCCAGGCCGGCCUCCCAGAGGGCACGAUGCGGGCUCUGGCGCCCCCUGGUGCUCCGUGAGCAUCACAGCGACUCCACGCGCAAAGCUGCACUCCUCGGUAUGCUAAGUGAGGGGUUACCCCUUUUUUCCUGAAAUUUUAUAUAUGAAUUUCCAAAACAUCUGCCUUAUUUUAUACUGUUUCUAUAAAAGAUAUUCCUUAUAAAGAAAACAAGAGCAAAAGUGGAGUAUUUCAUGAGUUGACACUUUAUAACCAACCUGCUUUUCACCCACCAGUGGGAAUUGUUUUUUGAGUCAAGAAAUUUAUAAAUGCCUCUGUAUGGUCACAUUUUGAAUAAGCAUAAUACCACGAAAAAAUGACACCUGAUGACUUGUCAAUGUGUUUGCUGUUGUUUUAAACGUGUCUAUUUUUUCCAGGCCAAAGAAAAAAAAUGAAAUUAAACUAUUUGUUU